UACUGAAACAGAGAGGCGUUUUUACAAACUUCACCCACAAAUAUGUGAGAGUUAACCGCUAAACAGACAGAAGCGAGAAUGAGACGACUGAGAACAACAGGUGUUCAAAAAUGGCUCAGCAGUUAAACUCUGAAGAAGGGACCACAUUAAUUCCUCUACAAAAAGAUGCCAGAAAGUCGAGAAGUUCAAUGAUAUCUGCAUCUUUUAAUUUUAUCAAUUCUAUUAUAGGAUCUGGAAUAAUAGGUUUACCAUACGCAUUGAACCAGGCAGGGCUUCCCUUUGGCCUUCUUCUUUUGAUAGUUGUUGGAUUCAUCACAGAUUACUCAAUCAUUCUACUUAUAAAAGGAGGAAACCUGUCAGGGACAAACAGUUAUCAGUCACUUGUACACAGCACAUUUGGUUUCCCUGGAUUUGUAAUUUUAUCUGGACUGCAGUUUCUUUAUCCUUUCAUUGCGAUGAUCAGCUACAACAUCACAAUCGGUGACACACUGACCAAAGUCUUUCAAAGAAUUCCUGGAGUUGGCCCAGAUCACAUACUCGCGGAGCGUCACUUUGUGAUCAUAUUAUCAACUGUUGUUUUCACGCUCCCCCUCUCGCUUUAUCGAAACAUAGAGCGACUUGGGAAGGUGUCCUUCCUGUCAAUGGUGCUGACAGUUAUCAUCCUCAUCAUUGUAAUCAUCAGAGCAGCUACCUUUGGACCCCAAAUCCUCCCCACAGAUGAUGCAUGGGCAUUUGCAAAGUGGAAUGCGAUUCAGGCAGUAGGUGUAAUGUCUUUUGCCUUUAUUUGCCACCACAACAGUUUUCUUAUCUAUGGCUCACUGGAGCAGCCCACUCUUGCUAACUGGUCUCAAGUCACUCACAUCUCCGUAGGCUCAGCACUAAUAAUCAGUGCUGGAUUUGCCGUUGCUGGCUAUACAACUUUCACUGGCUACACACAAGGAGACAUAUUUGAGAACUACUGUAGAAAUGAUAACCUGGCAACAUUUGGUCGCUUCUGUUUUGGCAUCAGUAUAAUAACGACAUUCCCACUGGAGUGCUUUGUGACACGAGAAGUGGUAUCUAAUGUCAUUUGCAGUCGAGAUCUUUCAAAAACUGAACAUGCAGCCAUAACCAUGCUCAUAGUUGCAGUCUGCACAUCAAUAUCUUUGGCCUAUGACUGUCUAGGAGUUGUUUUGGAACUGAAUGGUGCUCUGAGUGCCACACCUCUGAUCUUCAUCAUCCCAUCCGCCUGCUUCCUGAAGCUUUCCUCUGGCCGCUGGUUCGAUGGUGAAAACUUGAUACCUGCGGUGUUAAUAAUAAUCGGCUUGUUCAUCAUGAUCACUGGUUUGAUCAUGACUGGCAUCUACCCACAGGGCUGUUCACAUGGAGUGGAGAUGUUCUACUGUGCAGAUGCCAAUGCCUCUAGCACUGUACCACCUGUAUGAAAAUAAUGUGUCAAAUAGUUAGAUGUCUUAAAAAAACCCCAACUUUUUUGUUUUCCCAAUGUUUACGGACACACUUUCCUCAAUUCUGUUAUAUGUUUAUUGGCUGUUAGGUUAUUGGUGCUUUGCCUUAUAUUUCAGACUGUAGGGUGGAAGAGGAAGGACCCUCCAUUAACAUGAUUUUACAUUUUAGAGCAAAAUCGGGUUAUAUAGGUUUUUCAAACUUUUGUCAUAAAAAGAAAAAAAAACUUUAAGGGAGAAUUUUUAAUGGUGGCUACAACCUACUGUAGGUGGCUGACUGUUGUUCUUGGGAAUACUCACGGAUGAGUCUGAUAUUAAGGUAUUCAAAUCCUUUUAGUUUUACUUUAUUCUAAUAAAUUAAUUUAAGUUAUCAUUAUUAUUAUGAUUAUUUUAGACUUUACAGACUUUUCGUGGUACUUGUGUUUAUUAUAUACACGGAAGGGAAAUUGUUGGCUUCCGCAUAUUCCCGCAUGAUGUCGCUGUAGACAAAUAAAGCGUUUAUUAAAAGGAAGUAAA